AAAAUAUAGAAUUUUAAAAGAAAUAAGGUAAAUAUUACUCAGAUAUGCACAAUAACACACUUUAAAAGCAAUAUAUCAGGAUUAGGUGCAAUAAACGUGGGAGUUAACUCUGAAUUAUUGCGAUUUAGCAGAAGGGUACCCGACUAACGACCUUUAUAUGAGGAACUAGCCGCCAGGGCACGACCUGCCGAAGGGAGGAGGGACUCGGAACAAACGAUCAUAUGAUUCUGGAUUUUUUUAUUGAUAGUAUUUUUAGAUUAAAAAGUGUUUUGUCUCCGCUCACCGAGGAAUUAACCGCUCCAGGACGCUGCAAGCAUUUCCAGUACCGGUUCUACGGAGCGGCACGCAGGUGUUAAGCAUCACACACUAUGGAGGCCAUUGCCAAAUACGAUUUUAAAGCAACUGCAGACGACGAGCUAAGUUUCAAACGCGGGGAAGUCCUCAAGGUUUUAAACGAAGAAUGUGACCAGAACUGGUACAAGGCCGAGCUCAACGGGAAGGAUGGCUUCAUUCCCAAAAACUACAUAGAGAUGAAAGCUCAUACGUGGUUUUUCGGAAAGAUCCCGCGGGCCAAAGCGGAGGAGAUGCUGAACAAACAGAGACACGACGGGGCGUUCCUGAUCCGAGAGAGCGAGAGCGCACCGGGGGACUUCUCUCUCUCCGUCAAGUUCGGAAACGACGUGCAGCACUUCAAGGUCCUGCGCGACGGCGCGGGGAAGUACUUCCUGUGGGUGGUGAAGUUCAACUCGCUGAACGAGCUGGUGGACUACCACCGGUCCACCUCCGUGUCCCGAAACCAGCAGAUCUUCCUGAGGGACAUCGAGCAGGUCCCCCAGCACCCAGCGUACGUGCAGGCUCUGUUCGACUUCGACCCCCAGGAGGACGGCGAGCUGGGUUUCCGCCGCGGAGACUUCAUCCAGGUCCUGGACAACUCCGACCCCAACUGGUGGAAAGGGGCGUGCCACGGCCAGACGGGCAUGUUCCCCCGCAACUACGUCACGCCCGUCAACAGGAACAUGUGAAAAACGCACCAAUCGGAACGCCGGCUCCGUCUGGCUCCGCCCCGCCCUCUCAGACCUGCAUCAGCACGGAACAGAGGGGCGGGGCUCCCGAGGGAAACCCCUACUUAUACUGAGAAUCCCCGCCCCUUACCCCCCCCCCCCGUGGUGAACACUGGCCUCACCCCGGGACUGAACCCACAAAACAAACCACAGUGCUCCGGCAUCCUGCAUUCAAAGGAGAAACGAUUUCAUCCGUUAAUUCCCUCACCCGCUUCCUCCUCUCCUCCGGUUUAUCAUCCUCCUCUUUUUCCGCAUGUUUUACACACGGAUAAUUCCUAAUGCUGGUUAAAACAAAUGGCAAUUUAAGAAAAAAAUAACUAUAAAAAAAAACUACAAAAAAAGAAAAGAAAAUUUUCAUUACUAAAAAAAAAAAAAAAAAAAAUCUUUUACAGAAAUGGUUUGAGUCUCCCAAGCAGGGGACCAGUGGGCCUCAAGCUUCUAACAUCAGCCUUGGCCUCUGUCACUAAAUCACAUACAGAAAUUCCAUUUUUUUAAAGAAUAUUUUUGUGUAUGUGUAUGUAUGUUUACACACACGCAUGUGCGCGUGUGUGUGUAUUUGUCUGACCUCUCCUCUCGAUGUGUUAUGCUUUUUGUUUUGUUUUGCGAUUAUGUAAAUGAUGUUAAUGCUUCGGGUGAGUCUGGGCUGCUCUGAGGUCCGCUGAACUGCCCGGUUAAUUGUCCUCCGUUAUCUGAAUGUUCUCAGAUAAAAUGAAAAAGAUAUAUAUAUAUAUAUUUAAGGCAUAGAAAUUCAGCUUUCAUUGGCUCUUUGUGGACAGCCAAACGAAAAUAAGAGCGCAACAUUCACGCCGUUUCACUGCAGGAACUGGGAGGCGUGGAGUCCUGUGUUAAAGCGGCCAUCUUGCCACCCGUGUAUUUAUUGCAGGCGAUCCGCCGCGGGGUCUGAAUGUAGCUGUGGGAAGUCAAAUGGGACAUUGACACAAGGGAAGCGUGGUCAGGAACUGAAUACAACUGCGAGUGACUUCAGAAACGAGACCAAUUUCAGUCGUUCUAUGGGCGUGUGUGUGCGUGUGUGUGUGUGUGUGUGUGUGUGUGUGUGUGUGUGUGUGUGUAUGCGUGCACAUGCGUAUGGUGUGUGUGUGUAUGUGUGUGUGUGUAUAUACACACACACACCAUACGCAUGAAUGAUUAUAUACACGUACACUGUAUAAAAGUACAUGACAUGGUGUAUUGGAUAAUCAAAUAAUUGCCGGUAUGUUUCUGGCCUGAAACAAUGUGUGUUUUGUCUGCCCCUGAUGAUAUUUGUCUGGUCUUUGUGUGUCGGAUGGUUGAGCACUUUUCUUUCUUUUUUCUUUUUUUUUUUUUUUUUUUUUGUUUCUUGGUGUGUGUUUUUUUUGUUCUCUCUGGAUAGUGCCUUUUCUAUCACCGCUGUCUCAGUUCCGCUGGCCAGCUGGGAAAUGUAGUCGAGCCAGCCCUGCUGGGAAAUGUAGUCCAGCCAGCCCUGCAGUGAGAGGAAGUGUAAAUAGCCAUUCUGUCCCAGAAAAAAAAAAGAAAUACUCCCGCCUUCUCUUUGCCAAUAUCCUCAUGGAAGACCCUUAUUAUUUAAAUGGUUUUUUGUUUGUUUGUUUGUUUGUUUUCUUUUUGCCUUCUCCUACCUAAUAAUACUCAAUGUUUUUUGCUUUUUUUUAUUAUUUUGUGUUCUGUUGGUUCUGUUUUCAAACGAAUAAAAAUGAACUGAGAUAAGAAGUGUUAAUAGUGUAAAGGGCCGUGGCUCAGGGUGGGGGAGUGGUGGUGGUGGUGGUGGUGGGGCAUUUUUCCGAGGCCAACUCCAGUGUUUCAAUAAAGGAUAUGUUAAGUGUUGAAAAAUAAUAUUCAUGUUUUGAUAAUCUUGAAUGUAUCAAGAGGGCUCUAGUCGUUGUGCGUCAUAGCCGAUGGUGUGACUGAACUGAGUGAGUAGCGUUUGUUCUGAUUGGUCUUCUUGGUUGUUGUCGUCGUUGUUGUUGUUGUUGUUGUUGUUGUGGAUGUGGUCUCACAGAGAGCUGGUGUGUGAGAGUGGUUCUCUGCUGCCUCACUGCGUGCUUCACCUGCUGCCCCCGAUGCCCCCUGCUACCCCGCCCCGCCCCGCCCUGGGGCCCCGGACCGCCUGUCAAACCCUUCAGCUGGGACCAUAAUCUCAAUAAAGACAUGGGACAAGA